UUUUUCGAACAAAAUUUUUUUCACAAAUUCUGACAUUCAUCAUCGCCAUUCUUCAGUCGAGAGAAAAUUGUAAAAAUUUCAAAUAAUGGUGAUAAAAAACGAGUGCUAACUUCAAUAAAUAAAGUGCUUUUGUUUUUGUCCGAAGACAAGCGUGAAAAGUGCACAAGGUAUCCAAUUUUUGUACGCGCAAAAUCGUGUAUACAUUCGACACUGGGCUUGCGUUUCUCCAAAAAAAUUGUUUGUUUUCAAAAUAUAAAUAUAAUAAUAAUGUGUCUGCCUAGCCGCUUUUCAAAGGGCAAACGCGAAUUUCCGUGCUGCGCUUCAUAAAAAAUACCUCAUGUUAUUCCAUUCAUAAAGUGAUUAUAGCCAGACAACCGAUUGCAUUAGUUUGUGUCAAAUGCACAAUUUUGUAUAAUUGUACAUUAAGCGAAGACGAACUAGAACAAAAAAAAGAUCCGUGAGCAUACGAUCCACUGAUUGAUAAGAAGAAUGCAAAUGCACCCCAACUGUAUAUAAAAAGAAAGUGAUCAAUAUGCAAUCCCAACAGAGCCCCAAUUAUGAGUACACUAUCACUGAAAUUCAAUUAGUCGACAACAAUCAGACCAUGAAUCAGUCAACUGAAACGGAAACGAUAGAAAUGAUGGACGAUGGCGUGAUGACUGGCAUGUACGAGGACGACGAUGACGACGGUGCCACCAGUCCAGAAAGUACUUACAACGAUGAUGACAUGAAGGACGAUGAAGGCAGGGACGAUGACGUUACCGCUCAAUUAGCUGCAGCAGGUGUUGUAGGUGUUGCGGCAGCAGCAGCCAUAUCAUCAGCAAAGAAACGAAAGCGACCGCAUUCUUUUGAAACGAAUCCAUCAAUACGGAAACGACAACAGAAUAGACUACUGAGAAAAUUGAGGCAAACUAUAUUCGAGUUUGCAACGCGCGUCGGUCAACAGGCAGUCGUACUGGUAGCGACGCCGGGAAAACCAAACACAAGCUAUAAAGUAUUCGGUGCCAAACCACUUGAAGAUGUUGUCAAAAAUUUGAAAAGCAUCGUUAUGGAAGAGCUGGAAUCGGCACUGGCUCUGCAAGCACCGCCACCUAUACAAGAAGAUCCAUCACUGUUCGAAUUACCGCCGUUGAUCAUUGACGGUAUACCGACACCGGUGGAAAAGAUGACUCAAGCUCAAUUGCGCGCUUUCAUACCGCUCAUGCUGAAAUAUUCCACUGGCCGAGGAAAGCCUGGCUGGGGCAGAGAAUCCACACGGCCAGCCUGGUGGCCGACUGAAUUGCCGUGGGCGAAUGUUCGAAUGGACGCACGUACAGAAGAUGAUAAACAGAAGAUAAGCUGGACGCAUGCACUGCGGAAAAUUGUCAUAAAUUGUUACAAAUAUCAUGGACGAGAAGAUCUCCUACCGGCGUUCUCUGAGGAAGACGAAAAGGCUAACCAAUUAGCGACAUCAAACUCAUCAGUAACCUGUCAGAAUGUGGGAGUACUAAAAAUUCACAAUUCAGGAGUUGUAACAUCAACUUCAACGUCCAAAUAUGCCGGCUCCAAAAUCGAAAUUCAAUCGCCAAAUACACAGACUAUUGCAAACGCACAGGUUUGCCUUGACACGAUGCAACUAAACGAUGUGGAUUAUACACAAGCCAUGAUCCACUCCAUUCAAAAUGCCGAUGGAACUGUAUCAAUUAUUCAAGUUGAUCCGAAUAAUCAAAUUAUUACACUUCCCGAUGGCACUACUGCACAAGUACAAGGAGUCGCAACGCUGCAUACAACACAAAACGAACAAGGAAAUACUGUGCAAACCAUUCAAGGACUCGAAAAUGGUCAUGGUGAAAACAUGACGGUUGAUUUAACCGAAGCAACAUUAGCUCAAGAUGGACAACUGAUAAUAACCGGUGAAGAUGGCCACGGCUAUCCAGUUUCAGUCAGUGGCAUGAUCACCUUACCGGUAUCGUCAUCUGUGUACCAAACAAUGGUGGCGAAUAUCCAACAUUUGCACACGAACAGCGACGGAACACUAUGCAUCACACCCAUGCAGGUACAAAAUAAUAAAUCCCAAAUGCACAACAACAAUUUCAAUAGUACCGCAUCAGUAAAAGUAGCACGAACGAUAAUGAGUACACAUAAUACUGAUACAAUAAUCCGAUCGUCGUCGGACAACAAAAACAAUCGCAACAACAACACGAUGGCCUGUUUGAUACCGAAAGUCGAGCAUGCCGACGCGGAUCACACGCAGGCGAUUGUCGAUUCGGACGGUAAUAUUAUUAUUCGGUUGGGUGAUAAUGAUCCGAUUAAGAUCGAAUGUGAUAGUGAAUCGACGAAUUCGUGAGAAUUAAAAAAAAAAAUGGGAGGGGGUUCUGGUUCGAUUGGAAUGGAAAAUUCGAUCGAUUUGGUGAAAGUGCAAGGGAAAAUAUUUACUAAGAAAAUGCCAAAUAGAGAAAAAUGAUUCGAUGGAUCGAAUGGAGAAAAAAGUUUUUUGUUCUCGAUACCUACGAGGAAAAGUUUU